AAAAAAAAAACUGUUAUAGGUAUGUUUCUUAACAGAAUUUGCUGAGUAGUUUUUCAAGUCACCUCGGCGAAUUCCUCUGCUUUUUUUUUAUCUGAAGCAACUUCUAGUCAUUUUCGUGGUAGUUUCACUUGGUGAAGAGGGCUUUGUGUGUGCAAAGACAGACAAGAUGAUUGUAGGAGAGAUGGUUCUCUCGGCUUUUUUACAAGCUCUCUUCCAGACACUGAUGUCCGGUCCUUUCAAGUCCUUCUUCAAGAGGCGAGAACUGAACGAGUGUGUACUAGAGAGGCUCAACAUUGCUUUGUUGACAAUAAGUGCGGUGCUGAUUGAUGCGGAGGAGAAACAGAUUACAAACCCGUCGGUGGAAAAAUGGGUCAACGAGCUGAGAGAUGUUGUUUACCAUGCUGAGGAUGCUCUUGAUGAUAUUGCUACAGAAGCUCUGCGUCUCAACAUAGGAGCUGAAUCUUCUUCCAAUAGGCUGAGACAGCUUCGUGUCAGAACCCUGGGAGAUUUUUUGGAAAGGAACAGUGAUCAUUUGGAGACCAGGCUCGAGAAGGUCACGAUGAGGCUCGAGCGUUUAGCCUCGCAAAGAAAUAUCUUGGGUUUGAAAGAGAUAACUGCAAUGACACCCAAACAAAGGUUGCCAACUACAUCUCUUGUGGAUGAAUCUGAAGUGGUUGGUAGAGAUGAUGAUAAAGAUGAGAUCAUGAGAUUCUUGAUUCCUGAGAACGGGGAGGAUAGUGGGACAACCGUUGUAGCUAUUGUUGGAAUUGGUGGGGUUGGCAAAACUACACUUUCACAAAUCCUAUACAAUGAUCAUCGUGUUCAGAAUCAUUUUGGAACUAGGGUCUGGGCUCAUGUCUCAGAGGAGUUUGACGUUUUCACGAUCACCAAAAAGGUUUAUGAAUCCGUUACUUCCCGGCCUUGCGAGUUCACCGACCUGGAUGUACUUCAAGUCAAAUUGAAGGAGAGGUUAAUAGGACCGUUUCUGCUUGUUCUAGAUGAUCUGUGGAAUGAAAAUUUUGCGGAUUGGGAUCUUCUACGCCAGCCCUUCACAUCAGCUGCUCAAGGGAGCCGGAUUAUUGUGACAACACGAAGUCAGCGCGUUGCAUCCAUUAUGUGUUCUGUUCAUGUACACAACCUUAAGCCAUUAUCUGAUGGGGAUUGCUGGUCACUGUUUAUGAGAACUGUUUUCCCUAAUCAAGAUCCGUGCUUAGAUCAAGAAAUUGGAGAUCUUGCGGAAAGGAUAGUGUACAAGUGCCACGGCUUGCCCUUGGCUGCGAAAACACUUGGUGGUGUUUUACGGUUUGAAGGCAACGUCGUAGAAUGGGAGAGAGUUCUAAGCAGCAGGAUUUGGGAUCUUCCCGCUGAUAAGAGCAAUCUACUUCCAGUUUUACGGGUAAGCUACUACUAUCUUCCAGCUCACUUGAAACGAUGUUUUGCCUAUUGCUCUAUAUUUCCCAAAGGGCACGCGUUUGAGAAGGAAAGGGUAGUUCUUCUGUGGAUGGCAGAAGGUUUCUUGCAGCAGACGAGAAGCAGUAAGAACCUAGAAGAGCUUGGGGAUGAGUACUUUUCAGAACUAGAAUCAAGGUCGCUUUUCCAAAAGACCAAGACGAGUUACAUGAUGCAUGACUUUAUCAAUGAGCUUUCUCAGUUUGCUUCAGGAGAGUUCAGCUCCAAGUUUGAAAACGGUUGCAAACUUCAUGUUUCAGAAAAGACUAGGUAUCUAUCCUACCUACGAGAUAAUUAUGGUGAACCUAUGAGGUUUGAAGCUCUUCGUGAGGUCAAGUUUCUCAGAACUUUUCUACCACUCAGCCUCACAAAUUCUUCGCGGUCAUGCUGCUUAGAUACAAUGGUCAGCGAGAAGCUACUUCCAACGCUUACCCGCUUGCGUGUUUUGUCUUUGUCACAUUACAAGAUCUCAAGGCUGCCUUCAGACUUUUCCAGGAACUUAAGCCAUGCCAGGUUCUUGGAUCUCUCUCGCACUGAACUCGAGAAGCUUCCGAAGUCCCUUUGUUAUAUGUAUAACCUCCAGACACUUCUUUUGGCCUACUGUUCCAGUCUGAAGGACCUACCUACAGACAUCUGCAACCUCAUCAAUCUGCGGUAUCUUGAUCUGAUUGGGACGAAGCUAAAACAAAUGCCGAAAAGAUUUGGUAGAUUGAAGAGCCUCCAGACUCUAACAACUUUCUUCGUGAGUGCUAGUGAUGGCGCAAGGAUUUGUGAACUUGGAGAACUCGAUGAACUCCAUGGCAAACUUAGAAUUGUCGAGCUACAGCGAGUUGUGGAUGUUGCUGAUGCUGCAGGAGCAAAUUUAGACAGCAAGAAACAUCUGAAGGAGAUAGAUUUUGUCUGGAGAACUGGAUCUAGUAGCUCAGAGAACUACACAAAUCCUCACCGGACGCAGAAUGAAGCUGAGGUCUUUGAGAAGUUACGCCCACAUCGUCGUAUCGAGAAGCUCGCCAUUGAGAGAUACAACGGAAAAAAGUUUCCAGAUUGGCUAUGCGAUUCCUCGUUCUCAAGAGUUGUGUGCAUACGCCUCAGAGAAUGUCGAAACUGUUCCUCCUUGCCAUCUUUUGGUCAACUACCAGGCCUCAAAGAGCUUUACAUUUCAGGAAUGGUCGGGCUUAGAAGCAUAGGUUCCGGGUUCUACUCAAGUCCAUCACUGCGCGAUCGAGACCAACAGCCGUUUAAGUCACUUGAAACGCUGCGGUUUGAUAACCUGCCGGAUUUGGAAGACUGGUCAGACAUAAGGGUCACCAAAGGAGACUUAUUCCCUUCUCUCAAGAAACUUUCCAUACUGAGAUGUCCGGAGCUAACCGGGAAUCUACCGACUUUUCUUCCUUCUCUGAUAUCUCUUCAUAUCCACAAAUGUGGGGUCUUAGAUUUCCAGCCAGACCACCACGAGUACAGCUACAGGAAUCUUCAAAUGCUAAGCAUAAAAAGCAGCUGUGACUCUCUCGUUACAUUUCCUUUAAGCCAUUUCGCCAGCCUCCACACGCUUGAGUUUGAUAACUGCAUAUCUCUGCAGUCUUUGCAGCUAUCGAAGGAGCAUUCGUUUGGUCCGAACGCUCUAAGAAACCUGAGAAUCAAUGACUGUCAGAAUCUGCAGCGUCUUCCAGAGCUAAACUUACAGGUCACGGUCACGAACUGCAGGAAUCUCAGACAGCCGAUGGAACCACAGCCUCAAUAUCAUCAGUUUCAUCUUCCAAGAUUAAACGCUUGAGGUUCACAGAGUUCUCAUGGUUCACACAGGUCAUAUGAUUCACGUUCACCUUCAAGAUAUGAUUAACCCUGAUUCGCUUGCAUCAUUCAAAAACAUAUUCUAUUUGUUCCAUAUAUCUCCUUGGCUUUUCUUCCCCUUCUAAUCGUGUAAUGUAUAUGUUGUGUUCUACUGUAGACAGAAAGUGGAAGGGUACUACACUUUGUAUAAGAGUACUACACUUUGUCAAAAGCUUGCUUGUCUUCAAACCAGGUCAUGAUAAACUAGACUAUAUAUGUCAAUGGUCAAUAGUUUCGCCUAGAUAUAAGAUUGUUAUGAAUGAGGCUGGAGAAUGAGUCUCCAUUUA